AUGGCUUCAAAAUCUCAUGUCAUAGCUGCAGUCCUCGUCUUUCAUUUGCUGUUCUCUUCAUUAGUUUCUGGCCAAACCCCUUCACCUCCUCCGCCACCCAUCGGGCUUCUGCCAUGUGUUAUUAACGUGUUGUCCCUAGCAAUUUGCGCUCCGGUGCUGUUGGUCCUGAAAUUACUUGGAAUCGGAAAUCCUAAUGGGCCCUGCUGUACCCUCAUCAGAAGCCUGUCAGCGAACCAGGCUGCUUCCUGCCUUUGCCUCGCGGUCAGAGUGAACAUCCUUGGUCUCAACAUUAGCAUCCCAGGCGAUAUCGGGCUUCUUGUGAAAUUAUGUAACGUGACCCUGCCGAUUGGUUUUGGCUGUCCCACCUAG